AUGAGCACUUUUGAUAUCGAACAAGAGCGAAAACAUAUAGAGGAAUCUUCAUCAUUUUUGAGGAAUUUAUUGAAUAAUGCAAAGAAGGAACAUAUAGAUCUGGUGUUCCCGACUGUUCUAAUCAUUUGCGGUUCUGGUUUAGGUGGUAUUGCCUCUAGAAUCUCUGAAGAUAGUUACUCCAUUCCCCAAAGUUAUUCUGAGAUUCCUCAUUUUAAAGUUAGUACUGUUCCUGGUCAUGCAGGUAAAUUUGUAUUUGGUAAGAUGAAUGGGACAUCUGUAGUGCUGAUGGAAGGUAGGUUACAUAGUUAUGAAGGUUAUGCGAUUCAAGAUACGGUGUUUCCGUUGCGUGUUCUCCAUGAAUUGGGGAGUAUCAAAACUGUGAUUAUUACCAAUGCAGCUGGUGGUCUUAAUCGUAAAUUUCAAGCAUGUGAUCUAAUGUGUAUAAAUGAUCAUAUUAAUUUCCCUGGUUUGGCAGGUUUGCAUCCUUUAAAGGGACCGAAUUUCGAUGAAUAUGGACCAAGAUUCUUACCUUUGAGUGAUGCCUAUGACCUUGAAUUAAGAAAAUUGUUAUUUCGUAAGAUGAAGGAAUUGGAUCUGAAACGAGGUCUACAUGAGGGUACUUAUGCAUUUGCCUCUGGUCCUACGUUUGAAAGUAGAGCGGAAAGUAGGAUGUUGCAUCUACUUGGUGCUGAUGCUGUUGGGAUGAGUACAGUCCCAGAAGUUAUUGUGGCAAGACAUUGUGGCUGGAGAGUAUUAGCUUUAAGUUUAAUAACAAAUGUGUCUGUUUUAGACCCACCUGCAUCAGCACUUGAUGAUAAUCCAAUUCCUUUAGAUCAAGGUAUGGCAUCGCAUAGUGAAGUCUUAGAAAAUGGAAAAAUAGCAUCUUUAGAUGUCGAGAGACUGAUAGAAGGCGUUGUAGGAGAAUUAUAA